AGAAGUUUCUUAGCUUGCAGGGUCUUCACGCUCUUUACGUGAUGGUCUUUUUAGGUGUGCUACAUAUGUAGUCACACACAACCCUUUCUUUUAUAAUCUCAACAUAUAAAAAUACAAACAAACUCUACAGCAAGAAAUAUUUUCUGGGCAUUCUUCAGAAAAAGAAAGGAAAAAAUGUCCACUUUCACCUUAUUCUUCUUCAUCGUCUUCUUCUCCUUCACUACGAUCUCCAUAGAAGCUCAAAACAAACCUUCGAAGCAUUGUUCCAAUGGUGGGCCAGAUAUUCAAUCUCCUUUCCACAUAAGAGGGCAAACAAAAAAAAACGACACCCUUAUCGAAGUCGUAUGCAGAGACAACUCCACCACAAUCCACUUCCCACCCUACGGAGAUUUAGUCGUGAAAUCCAUCUCCUACGACACCCAAAGACUCGAUCUUCUUGACCCCAAAAGCUGCAUCCAUGGAGUCUUUCUCAACCUCGAUCUUUCCCAAACGACAUUCGAUUACUACUAUCUCCUGAAAAACUACACUUAUCUCAACUGUACGGAUAAGCUCUCCCCUGUUUUCAAAGAGGUCCCCUGUUUGAGUGGUUCAGAUCAUUUCGUUUAUACCGUGGAGCCUUCUUCCAUGGCCGUCCCAAGCUUCUGUAAAGCCAUUAAAACCAUAGCUAUUCCUUUUGGGUACAGUCCUUACUUGUCUGGCAAUAGUUUUGGCUUGAGUUUGACUUGGGGUUUUCUUAGUGCCCAAGAUUUUGAUCAUAAAGAUGGCUUCAGAGUGAGACAUGUUCAAGUUCUCAGCAUAGGAAUCUUUGUUAUGGCAAUGGCAAUUGUGGGAGCAGCAUUACUAAUCAGAAGCAGAAUAGUCCAUGACUUGAAAAAACUAGCUUUUCAAGAGAAUUUAGGGAAUCAAACAGCAGAGGUUGAGAAAUUUCUUGGAGACUAUAAGGCUUUUUCCACUGGUGAAGCUCACAUUGACCAAGUCAGCAGUCAAUGUUAAAUUACCCUAACUAAACAACAACCAGAGAUUACAGGAACUGAAAACUCUUUCAGAUUCAAGCUUUUCCAAAACUCCAAAAAGCUUAUUUUGGAUGGACUGUGAAGGGUACUUGAAGGCUGUUGGAUUAUUAUGACUGUCACAAGUCUUUCGAAGAUUGGAAGUUGUCUUUUUUUGACAUUCUAUUCAAACAAAGGCAUAAACAGUGGAAUAUAUUCUACUAAUACAUAGCUUUAAGUUCCUAACUUGGGAAAAUAUUGCAUUAAUUUUGUGGUAUACAUAUAGCUUUUUGAAGUAUGUUUCUUUUCAUUCUCCUUUUAUUUUUUUUUGGGUGGUUUUUCUAUCGUUCAGCUGUUUAGUUUAUGUAAAGUUUGUUUAAAAGAAAUAAAUUUGCUAUCAAAUGAUAUAGUAUUGGAUGGUUGAUUACAUAAUCAA